AAAAGGUAAAUCCAUAUUUCUAACAUCUGAUUGGUUACUGCUGUUAAAUGAUUAUUAUGGAAAAGACGAUACAUUAUUUGAUGACGUAAUUUUUAUUUUAAAUAUUUAACUAAGUAUAUAACGAAUAUAUUCAUUGUCAAUGUGCAAUCAUAUUUGUAAUAUUGUGUAUUUUUCUAUAUAAAAUUUUAUUUUAAAAACUGUGAUUGAUAUUAAUGAUAAUUUUAAUUUAUAAAAAUAUUAGAUAUUUUUAAAUAAUAUUUAAUAUAUAAUAUUGCUAUUUUUUAAAUAAUAAUAAUAAUAAUAAUAAUAAUAAUAUUUAAUAAAAAUCAUAUGCUUUAAUAAAUUCUUCUUUAUCAUUAAAGAAUGCCAGGUGUUACAGAAAUGUCUUUGGAUAAUAUGUUUUGUUCUCGAUGUAGAGAAGGUUUUGUACCUCAUGAGAAGAUUGUUAAUUCAAAUGGAGAAUUAUGGCAUCCUCAAUGUUUUGUAUGUGCACAAUGCUUUCGUCCAUUUCCAGAUGGAAUAUUUUAUGAAUUUGAGGGAUAUAAAUAUUGUGAACAUGAUUUUCAUGUUUUAUUUGCACCUUGUUGUGAGAAAUGUGGAGAAUUUGUUAUUGGUCGUGUAAUAAAAGCUAUGAAUGCUAAUUGGCAUCCAGGAUGUUUUCGUUGUGAAGAAUGCAAUGGUGAAUUGGCUGAUGCAGGAUUUAUUAAAUGUCAGGGUAGAGCAUUAUGUCACACAUGUAAUGCACGUGUUAAGGCUGGGGCACUUGGAAAAUAUAUCUGUCAUCAAUGCCAUGGUGUAAUUGAUGACAAACCUCUUCGUUUUCGUGGAGAACUUUAUCAUCCUUAUCAUUUUAAUUGUACUGCUUGUGGUAUAGAACUUAAUUCAGAUGCUAGAGAAGUUAAUUCUAGACCAGGAUAUGCUGCAAAUGAAAUGAAUGAAUUAUACUGUUUGAGAUGUCAUGAUAAAAUGGGAAUUCCAAUUUGUGGUGCAUGUCGACGUCCAAUUGAGGAACGAGUAGUAACUGCUUUAGGCAAACAUUGGCAUGUUGAACAUUUUGUUUGUGCAAAAUGUGAAAAGCCAUUUUUAGGUCAUCGUCACUAUGAGAAGAAAGGUUUAGCUUAUUGUGAAACACAUUAUCAUCAACUUUUUGGCAAUUUAUGUUUUGUAUGUAAUCAAGUAAUUUCUGGUGAUGUUUUUACAGCUUUGAACAAAGCAUGGUGCGUUCAUCAUUUUGCAUGUGCUUUUUGUGAUCAGAAAAUGAAUCAGAAAACUAAGUUUUUUGAAUUCGAUUUAAAACCGGCAUGUAAAAAGUGCUAUGAUAAAUUUCCACAAGAAUUAAAAAAACGUAUGCGUCGAAUGUAUGAUUUAAAUCCUAAAAGAAUACCAGCUUAAAAAUAUAAAUUAUAUAAUGGUCUGUGGUUAAUUAGAUAUAAAAUAAUUUCUAUUGCAUUAUAUAUAUCUUUAUUGCUAACAUUAUUUUAUUUUAAUUGUAUUUAUAUCUUUUUUGUUUUAAUCAUAUAUAAUUAUUUUAAUAUAUCUAUAUAAAUAAGAAGAUUUAUUUCAUCAAUUUUUAAGUGCCUUAUGAAUAAAUUAGAAUAUAUAGGAUAUAUGUAAUAUAUACAUAAAAUAAUUGAUGAUAAUUGUAUAUGAAUAAUAAAAAAUAGAGAUUAUUGCAAAAAAUAUAAUAAAA